GUACAUAUUUAGAUAAGUAGUUUAACAUUGUCCUUCGUAGGCAAGAUAAUACGUUAUCUUAAAUUAUUGCUAAUGGAAAUGAUAAAUACAUCUUAAAUUACUUCGAAUACUAUAGAAAUUUGCCAGUAUACUAUUAACUAUAUAAGAAGAUCUUCCUUUCGCAAAAAUUCAAAUGUCUGCAUUAACAGGUGAUAAACAAAGUAAAUCAAAAAAUGGCACAGAAUCAUUGAAGGAAGAAUUUGAUUCUACUGAACAUCAACAUAUUCGAUAUAAUCCCUUAAAAGGGGAAUGGGUACUAGUAUCACCACAUCGAAUGAAACGACCAUGGGGUGGUCAAAUCGAACCAAAUGUAGAAGAAGACCUUCCAGAUUAUGACCCGGAUAAUCCACUUUGUCCAGGCAACAUUAGAGCUAGUGGACAGAUUACUCCAAUAUAUGAAAACACCUAUUCCUUUGUCAAUGAUUUUCCUGCAUUACUAGAAUCUGUUCCUAAUCCAACAAAAUCAGAAGAUGAAUUAUUUCAAAUGGAUGCUGCUAGGGGUACUUGUAAAGUAAUGUGUUUUCAUCCAAAAUCUAAUGUAACAAUAGCUCUGAUGAAUAUUUCUGACAUCAAAGAAGUGGUUAAACGCUGGAUCAGUGAAAUGCUUGAAUUGGGAGAAAAGUGGACAUGGGUCCAAAUUUUUGAAAAUCGUGGCGCUUUAAUGGGUUGUAGUAAUGCACAUCCCCACUGUCAAAUUUGGGCUAGCUCUUUCUUACCAAAUGAAGCUAAAAUAAAAGAUAGAUUUCUUAGUGAUUACUACAAUCGUAAUAAAAAACCACUUCUCAUAGAUUAUAUGCAGAAAGAACUCCUUAAAAAGGAACGUAUUGUGUUAGAAACACGAGAUUGGGUAGUUUUAGUACCGUUCUGGGCAAUAUGGCCAUAUGAAACUAUGGUACUACCUAAGAGCCAAGUGUCUAGAAUGCAAGAUUUAACAGAAGGACAACAGGAAUCAUUGGCAGUUAUUAUGAAAAGAUUAUGUACAAAAUAUGACAACUUAUUUCAUUGUUCUUUUCCUUAUUCUAUGGGAUGGCAUGGUGCACCAACUGGUCAGUAUAUAAGACAGGAUUUUCCUUACUGGACUUUCCAUGGAAUUUACUUACCCCCUUUAUUGCGUUCUGCAAGUAUAAAGAAACAUAUGGUUGGAUAUGAGCUUCUUGCACAAGCACAAAGAGACUUAACACCAGAACAGGCAGCAGAAAAAUUAAGAAAUUUAUCAGAUUCUCACUACAAGCACCCAGAAACAAGUUUAAGUAGUUUUGAAAUAGAAAAAUAUACUAAAUGAGUUC